AUGAGAUAGGAAAUGGGAAUUCAAAACAUUCCUAAUAAAAAGUGUAGUUCAAUUAGAUUUUUGAUAAAUUACCUCUUGAUGGCAAUAAUUACAAUUUAUUUUCUGAGAAUUGGCUUGAUCGACAUUGCAUACCCUAUAAUUUUCAGCAGAUUCAUAUUCCCUUAGAGUGACAAUUUCAAUUCUUAUUAAAAAUUACUGGCAAACUUAACGUUCGGCAUUGAUGUCUCUACCUUUAUGACUGCCAUGAUAUUCUUGUACAUAUUCGCUUAUUUGGGUGAGAUAAAAAAUCUUACUCAAACAUAAUCAAUGCUUUAUAAUUCUGAGAGAUAUAAUAGCAACGUUCUUGAUGAAAGCCUGGAUUAGUUUGAAGUACUGUCAGCUAGAUCACAUAAAUCUACAUUAACUCCUGUCUAUAAUCCUUUAUCUUCGACUAUGAUUGAUUUUCGUCAUAGCAAUGAUGAGGCAUCUUAAUACAAAUAAAGAAUAAAAACCUAGGUGUAUUAGAAGAAUACUAAAAAUAUAAUUAAUUCAAGCUUUUUGACAUCAGAGUACAACUAAAACUAUUGA